CAAGAGAGCGAGGUUCGAUGCGUGGCGUAUAGACAGUUCUCGAGACGUACCUUUACCUGCUGUCCCUACCACUUUCUUUGGCCGGCUGGUGGGCACCGCGUUCUCGUUACCGUGGUCCACGCUGCAAUACCGUUUCGCUAUCUCCUCAUUCACCUCGCGAUUCGACAGGAUCGAAGAGCACGCGCGCGUAUCUUUCGAACAUUCGUCUUCGAGCUGUCAAACUUUCGGAAACCAACGACCCUUUGUUCGAUUCUAUAUCUUUUCACGUUCGUGCGGCGAAUGUUCGUCGGGGAAGAGGUCGAACCGUUCUCAGAAUUUUUCAAAUUUUGUCCCGCCAAAGUGAUGGAUUCGGCGAAAGUCUGCCUGUUCGACGUUGCUGCACACAGGAAGAGAUACGUUCGUUCUUUUGGAUUUUGAUAUUUCUGCCUUGGUCUCGCACAAGCAAGUGUAGAGAGUAAGAUAUCAAAUUUUGAACAGUAAAAAUAAAAGAUAAGAGUUUGCGAUACGAAACUCGACUGCCUCCCUUCCUUUGGUCGCUAAUCGCUCCUGAAAAAUCAUGUGCCAUCGCUACUUCGAGGGUCGCGAUUAAUUGUAACUACCUCGCUGGAAACUUUGCCUUUGGUACUCAAGUUUUUCACCAUCGCUUGACAAAUUUUCAAAAAGUAUCACCGAUGGUCGAUUUGUUUGGAUAGACGGUACGCGCGAAGAAGAUACGCAAAAUCGAUGAAAGGGACGAAUCCGACUGUGAUUGUCGGUCAAUGGAGAGACAAUCAAACGAUAAGGCGAUAAGCAGGCUUGGUUGCAAGGUGGAAAGUAGGUUGAAGAGGAAAUCCUACGAGGGAUAUCGUGAGCAAGGGAAACGGCGAUCACGGUCUAAAUGAGUACGACCGACAAAUAUGCGCUUGUAGCACCUUGCUGAUAGAGAAACCUGUCUCGUAUGGUUUUGUUCCUUCCAAUCGCUUACCUCGACGAAACUGUUGUGCGUUACAUAAAGAGGGAUUUUACCGACCAGUUAACGAACCUGGUUGUGCGCGCAUAUAGGGAACGUCUGUCGGCUACUUUACAAGACGACCCUACAAAGAUAGAAGCGUGCGAUGCCUGAGCGAAAAUCGCAGAGGAUCGUUGAGGUUAAAGAUGGACAAUAGCAUCUCGUAAACGAUCGUGAAAGCGUAAUUCGAGCUAUUAACUAACAGUAAAGAAGAGAGAUAUAGCGGGAAAUAAGUUUGAGCAAGGAAGAAUCGAUCCCGAUCACGAAGAAAAAAAAGCAAACGAUUCCUGUUAACGAUGUUUUAAGAAGAGAUCGCGUACAUCCCCGGGAACAAUGUUCGGAGAAGUGACGUGAAACGAUACUUUCAAAACGUAGCAAAUCGUAGAUUAACCGAAACAAAAUUUCUACGGUAUAGUGGCGAUAAACAGAGCACGAAUUAUUCAAUUACCUGAAUUACCGUGAAUCUUAAUAGCGAGACUAUUAACAGUAAACUAAUUCUAGCAACGGUAUUUAUCGCUUUCUCAUAGUAUAUAACAUCGUGCUUAAUAUUGCCUUAAUAAGCCUGAUCGGUACAGUGUUAGAAAAAUUAGCGUUAGAGAAGCAAAGCGUUAGAGCAAAUCUCAAGAAAAUUGUGAAGUUUCUAUGAUUAUCGUGAAAUCUGAUUGCGCAAUAGCUCAAAAUGAAGUUCUUAGGGUCAUUGUUAGGGAUCAGUUCGCCAAAGAAGAUGGGGAAAGAAUACAUGAAAGUAGGAAGAAACGCUCUAUUCGGGCAAAGAACGAGUCAACACGAUGGCCUGUGCACGGACAAGGUUCCACGACCUUUGUCCUUCCUCAUUUCAAAGAACGGGAAACUCAAGCACGGUAGAUUGUCAGCGAUUUUCAUAGGAAUUUUAACGCUUGUGAUCGGUAUCAUAUUGAGCAGCAUUCCUUGGGUGGAUUAUAUCAUAUUAAAGCAACUACGAUUAUGGAAUGGUUCUCUUUCGUUUCAAUACUGGCAGAAGCCGGGGGUAGUUAGACUGACAAAAGUAUACAUAUUCAAUGUAACUAAUGCAGAGAACUUUUUGCAAUAUAACGAGAAGCCAAAAUUGCAAGAAAUUGGUCCAUUCGUAUACAAAGAAGAUAUGGAAAAAGUAAAUAUCGUUUUCCAUAAUAAUGGUACUGUAAGUUAUCAGCACAAGAAGAUAUUAAACUUUGUACCAGAAAUGUCGAAAGACAAGAACCUUAAAGUAAUAGUACCAAACAUUCCGUUAUUAACGUUGUCGACACAAAGCAAGGGACUACCUCGAAUUAUCAAUUUGGGAUUACACAUGUUUUUGGGAGGAAUGCGCAUGAGACCGUUUGUUCCGAUAACUGCUCAACAACUUGUUUUUGGAUACGAUGAUCCGCUAGUUACCAUCGCACAUCAAUUUUUUCCGAAAACAAGACGUCCGAUGAGUCAAAUGGGGCUUCUCCUUGGGAGGAAUGGCACGUUGGAAGAAGUGUCCACUAUUUUUACGGGGCAUACGGAUAUGAAAGAGUUUGGAUUAAUAAAUCGUUUAAACGGAUUAGAUCGUUUGCCAUAUUGGCCAGACUCGCCUUGCAAUUCCAUCCGAGCUUCAGAAGGAUCGUUUUUUCCACCCCGUGAUAAAACUGGUUCAGAUAUCGUACAUAUUUGGGAUAAAGAUCUUUGUCGCACUUUACCUUUGAAAUAUCGUGGUCCAGUUAAAAAAUCAGGAAUCAAAGCAGAUUUAUAUACACCGCCUGAUUCUGUGUUUGGACGACCCAAUGAAACUAGCCCGGAAAAUGAAUGCUUCUGUUCAGACGACAUGUCCACCUGUCCUUUCAAUGGAUUGCAAAAUAUCAGUCCUUGUCAGUACACUGCGCCUGUUUACCUUUCCUUUCCGCAUUUCUACAAAGCUGAUCCCAAGUUAUUAGACGCAGUACACGGAUUAAAACCAAAUCGGGACAUACAUGAAACUUACUUUAAAAUUCAACCGAAACUUGGCGUGCCGUUGGAAGGAAAAGUGCGCGUUCAGUUAAACCUAAAGGUGGAACACCAACCGUACAUCGGUGUGGUGUCGAAUUUUCCCGACAUAGUAUUUCCUAUUAUGUGGAUCGAAGAGGGUAUCGAAGAACUGACACCUUCUAUCCGCAGAUGGGUUUAUUUAGCAACAACAUUUAGCGACGUUGCUGCCCCUUGUACCUCGUAUGGAUUAAUUCUAGUCGGUAUAACAAUCGUAUUCGCGGUUUUCGUGAAGGCUUACAGCAACGUGAUGUUUACGCACGAAGCGAUCGAACUAGGUAAACGAACCAUAAGAAGAGGUUCCACGUUGUUAGUAAAUGGACAGCACAAGUUAUUAAUUACACGAGAACAGUACGUUUUGCUCAGUAACGAUAACGACGACAAGUCAACAAGAAUAGAAUAAAUGUCUAGCUGUAAUAGUAAUACGAUUGUAUUUUUAACGAUUAACGAGUAGUAUUGGAUUCACAUUUAGGUGAGUAAUCGCGAAGAACGACAGCGAGUAAUUGCGUAAAUCGCCUCGUAGCAUAGGAUUUGUAAUCGUUUGAUACUAUAGACCAAAGUUUUCGUUCCAAUUACCUGAAGAAUAGUUUGAUGUAUAUCGAUUGCAAUAGCACGGGUUUGGCAAACAUUCAACGAUCACCUAUAUAUUCUUUUUUAAUCUUUCUCUUUUCUUCGACCGUAUCUGUGAUUUCACCUUUUUAUUUAUAUCGUCGAUGUGCGAAACAAAUCGUGCUUGGACAAACAGAAACGGGUAACAAAGCGGUCAAAGAAUAAUGUUCGAGAAGUUUAGUGGUUACAAAAAGUAUUUGCUUCUUUUUCCAAUAAAGUAUUUCUCUUUUUAUCAGAUUCUACAUCUCAUUUUCAUAAUACGUAUCAAACUUUUAUCCUCGUAUAAAAGUACUACUAAAUAAUACGAAGUGUAAGAUAUUUGGUUCGUAAGAGUAGGCCUCGGUCUGAUACAGAAGGGACUGUCUUAAUUCUCCAUUGAGCUAUUUAUUAAUCUAUACGUAUAAAAAAAACGGUAAAAGAAUUAUGUCUGUAUAUUGGAUAAAAAAUAAAUAAAUAAAUAAAUAAAACAAUCAUCCAGGAACAGCUCCUCAGCUAUGAAGUCCAAGAAACUAAUUUUUGGAAUUUUUGUCCCUCUGUUGGUUAUUCUUACGUCUUAUUUCUUAAAAAAUCGAACCCUUUUAUAAUUUUUUGUUCUUUUUUUUGUUUUCUCCUCUCGUUUUACUCCUCCUCUUACAGGACCUAAUUAAACAGCGUUAAAGUGCAAUAAUAAAUAAAGUGUUGUGCAAAUACUUUUUCUAAUCACUGUACAUAUGUACGUUCAACGUAUUUGUUUAACUACGAUAGAGUACGCGUUGUACAUAAACAUACUUCUGCACGAUCAAAAUCAAGUGGAAUAUUAGUACCAUGUAUGUACAUAUGUGUGUGCUAGUUGUUAAUUGCAAGCGAUUGCCAAUACUCAGUGAAGGCAUGUAGGAAUACGAUUGAUAUUAUCGAAUAAUAUUAUUGAAUAUGUUUGAUUUUUAUUAUUUAGGAUUUUCUUGUUUUUAGAAUCAUAAUAAGAGACAAAAUCGAAGAGUUUGUUAAAAUUUCAACGCCUGCGAUUGGAUCUUCGAAUGUAACUAAAAAUAAUGUUCCAAGUGAAAAUCACGUAUAAUAAUAUACAUAUGCAUUACAUUUUACUUUACAGCUGGCAACUAAUGAAAUUUACUUACUCAUAAAAUAAUACUUUAUGAAAGUAAUAUGUCAUUUAAUUAGUUUCGUUAUAGGCAUAUUUUAGUAGGUCUAAAAGAUAUACUUGAGAACAACUUAAACAACGAUCAAAAUUUUUAUGAUUUUAAUUGUUCGUAAAAGCACGUGAUGUUGCGCUUUAUUAUAUUUUUAGGUCGUUCCUUUAAUUGGUAAAUGAAUUAUUGUUACUGUAAUAAAAUUUAUUAUAAUUGUAUAUGCUAUAUAUUCUAUACUUUUGUUGAAACAAGUAAUAUCUGAAAGGGUUAACUUUAUAUCUGAAAAUAUCGAAUUUUUUAAAUAAAAUUUUAUUUGUAUCACUGAAAAAGAUAAUUAACUUAUCUACUACUAUAAUUAUUAUUAUUUAUUAUAACUUAAAUUUAGAAAUACGCAUUACAAAACACAUUUAACAAAGUUAUAUCAGAUUGUAUUUAGAAUAUUACCGAGUGUGUAAAGAAUUGUAAGCUAAAUGAUUUCUUUGUAAAAAAAAAAAAUUUAUACUUUAGAAUAUGCUUGACUUGAGCUGAAGUACGCAUUUGGAUAUAGCACUAUACAACGGUAUCACAUUUUAGAUAAAGCCCAGCAGUUUAUUAUAACGCAAGGAUAAUAUUAUAUUUACAUUUUUAAUCGACGAUAAUCUUCGUUCAAUAAAUUUUACUAUUCUCGCUAUGCUAUAAAUUACACGUUACAAAAAAAAUGAUGAGGUUUAUAUUACGUCAAACUUUUUAUAAGAAUAUAUAUAAUAAUAUAAUCGUUUAAAAAAUUAUCGUACUAAAUUAGAUGAAUGUUUAGAAUUUUUUAGAUGUUUAAAUAUUGGUGUUAUUUUCCACAUGUUAGUGGUAAGAUCGUUAGCGUGAAAAGAAUUUGCAAUUUUUGAAAAUUAAUUCUGAAAAUAAUACAUGUAUAUUUCGAAAAAAAAGAAGCUCAGAAGAAUAAAAUAUCAUAUUACAAUUUA